AUGUCUCAUUCUAACCGCUCUAUCGAUUCACAACACCAAGCUGGUGGCUCCCCUAGCUACCAAACACCACCCUCUUGGCAGGCUGGAACCGGACGCUCGCCCCCCGACUUGACCAGCGUUUCAAGCGGAUAUCUCUCAAACCCCGACCACCCUUCGCCUUCCUAUGGUCAGUCUCACCAUCGAGGCAACAGCAAUGCCAUUUCACCACACUCACAGCCAUUUCAUGCGCCGGGAGAAUCAACCACAUUCCCGCUCAAGGAUCCUCAAGAAGCGUGCCUAUUACGAUACUUUGUGGAAGAGUUGUCACACUGGGUGCGCCAACUUCUUCCGAAGCUAACACCUCAUGAUGCGGUCGAGUACACGCUCAAGUGCAUACCAGCGCUGCGUGACUUUCACGUUAUCCAAGACGAUGAUCGUCUCGAAUGCAUCCUAGCGACGGCGGUGAUUUUACGGCAGCUAGAGGAAAUUGACGAUGAAGAGGAAGAAGCGCGGAGUGAUAGUCAGGUGGAUGAGAACGAGGGUCCGCGCUCGAAAGAGCAGGUUAACUUUCUGGCAAUCAUCGAUGCGGUCCUUAGAAGCCCGCCCUCACAGACACUCUUCGGACGACGGUCAUUAAUUCAGGCCGCGUACUGGAUGGCUGUACGCCAGGAACUAUAUCACUCAUUCACGAAACGACACCCACCAAAGAUGAUUCUAGACCCAGAGUAUGGUCGAGGGGCGUCGAGAGCGAACAAGAUCGUACUACACACGGCCCAGGUGGCCAAGUGGCGCUGGGCUGACGGAUCCGAGCAAGAAUGGCUGCGACUUCAGAAACAGGGCGAGGUGCUUGAGGAAGAGGCGCUGCAAGAGUACCAGCCUUAUUUCGUGCGUCCAGCUGACAGGUCCAACGGGGAGAUAUUUCCGACAAUCUGGUACGCUUCCGCAUUGGAGGUGACGAGCAUGCAACUGUGUAUAAUUGCCAAGAUGGUUCUCAUGGCUGAGAACCCGUUCCUCGGAGGCCACUCGACCUCACGCGCACGAUGGAGGGAGAUUGAGAACGAGGUGCGCCAGAUGAUCCUGGACCUGUGCGGCAUCAGUCUGUGCCAUCCGGCUUGCCCACCGGCGCUCGUCCACGCGGCGUUCGGCAUGGAGCUGUACGGCGACUUUUUCACGGACCACUACGAGCGUCGAGCCCUACGGGGCGUCGUGGAGAAAUUUCGAGAUGCACGUGCAUGGCCGGUGAAGAAGCUGUCCAACAUGUUUCAGUGA